CGAUAUUUGGGAAGUUCCGUUGGGAAGAUGGCGGCGGCCGGGAGCACCCUUCUCUUCUUGCCGCCGGGGACUUCAGACUGAGCCUUCCCUGGAAGAGUGGGAACGGCUGGUGCCCUGCGUCCCGGGAGCCCGAACCAACUUGGUUCCUUCGUUAGUGGUGGGGAAGGGCUUAUCCUCUUGUGUAGGGUUCAGGACCUCCCCACCGUCGGGAUGAAGGCUCAGGGGGAAACCGAGGAGUCAGAGAAGCUGAGUAAGAUGAGCUCUCUCUUGGAACGGCUCCAUGCAAAAUUUAACCAAAAUAGACCUUGGAGUGAAACCAUUAAGCUUGUGCGUCAAGUCAUGGAGAAGAGGGUUGUGAUGAGUUCUGGAGGGCACCAACAUUUGGUCAGCUGUUUGGAGACUUUGCAGAAAGCUCUCAAAGUUACAUCUUUACCAGCAAUGACUGACCGCUUGGAGUCUAUAGCAAGACAGAAUGGACUGGGCUCUCAUCUCAGUGCCAGUGGCACUGAAUGUUACAUCACGUCAGAUAUGUUCUAUGUGGAAGUGCAGUUAGAUCCUGCAGGACAGCUUUGUGAUGUAAAAGUGGCUCACCAUGGGGAGAAUCCUGUGAGCUGUCCAGAACUUGUACAGCAGCUAAGGGAAAAAAAUUUUGAUGAAUUUUCUAAGCACCUUAAGGGUCUUGUUAAUCUUUAUAACCUUCCAGGGGACAACAAACUGAAGACUAAAAUGUACUUGGCUCUCCAGUCCUUAGAACAGGAUCUAUCUAAAAUGGCAGUUAUGUAUUGGAAAGCAACCAAUGCUGGUCCCUUGGAUAAGAUUCUUCAUGGAAGUGUUGGUUAUCUUACUCCAAGAAGUGGGGGUCAUUUAAUGAACUUGAAGUACUAUGCCUCUCCUUCUGACCUGCUGGAUGACAAGACUACAUCUCCCAUCAUUUUGCAUGAGAAUAAUGUUCCUCGAUCAUUGGGCAUGAACGCAUCAGUAACAAUUGAAGGAACGUCUGCUAUGUAUAAACUCCCAAUUGCACCAUUAAUUAUGGGGUCACAUCCAGUUGACAACAAAUGGACCCCCUCCUUUUCCUCCAUCACCAGUGCCAACAGUGUUGAUCUUCCUGCCUGUUUCUUCUUGAAAUUUCCCCAGCCAAUCCCAGUAUCUAGAGCAUUUGUUCAGAAACUUCAGAACUGCACAGGAAUUCCAUUGUUUGAAACUCAACCAACUUAUGUACCCCUCUAUGAACUGAUCACUCAAUUUGAGCUGUCAAAGGACCCUGACCCCAUACCUUUGAAUCACAACAUGCGAUUUUAUGCUGCUCUUCCAGGUCAGCAGCACUGCUAUUUCCUCAACAAGGAUGCUCCUCUUCCAGAUGGCAGAAGUCUACAGGGAACUCUAGUUAGCAAAAUCACCUUUCAGCACCCUGGCCGAGUUCCUCUUAUCCUAAAUCUGAUCAGACACCAAGUGGCCUAUAACACCCUAAUAGGAAGUUGUGUCAAAAGAACUAUUCUGAAAGAAGAUUCUCCUGGCCUCCUCCAAUUCGAAGUGUGUCCUCUCUCAGAGUCCCGUUUCAGCGUAUCUUUUCAGCACCCUGUGAAUGACUCCCUGGUGUGUGUGGUAAUGGAUGUGCAGGACUCAACACAUGUGAGCUGUAAACUGUACAAGGGGCUGUCAGAUGCACUCAUCUGCACAGAUGACUUCAUUGCCAAAGUUGUUCAAAGAUGUAUGUCCAUCCCUGUGACGAUGAGGGCUAUUCGGAGGAAAGCUGAAACCAUUCAGGCCGACACCCCAGCACUGUCCCUCAUUGCAGAGACAGUUGAAGACAUGGUGAAAAAGAACCUGCCCCCGGCUAGCAGCCCAGGGUAUGGCAUGACCACAGGCAACAACCCAAUGAGUGGUACCACUACACCAACCAACACCUUUCCGGGGGGUCCCAUUACCACCUUGUUUAAUAUGAGCAUGAGCAUCAAAGAUCGGCAUGAGUCGGUGGGCCAUGGGGAGGACUUCAGCAAGGUGUCUCAGAACCCAAUUCUUACCAGUUUGUUGCAAAUCACAGGGAACGGGGGGUCUACCAUUGGCUCGAGUCCGACCCCUCCUCAUCACACGCCGCCACCUGUCUCUUCGAUGGCCGGCAACACCAAGAACCACCCGAUGCUCAUGAACCUUCUUAAAGAUAACCCUGCCCAGGAUUUCUCAACCCUUUAUGGAAGCAGCCCUUUAGAAAGGCAGAACUCUUCUUCCGGCUCACCCCGGAUGGAAAUAUGCCCGGGAAGCAACAAGACGAAGAAGAAGAAGUCAUCAAGAUUACCACCUGACAAACCCAAACACCAGACUGAAGAUGACUUUCAGAGGGAGCUAUUUUCAAUGGAUGUUGACUCACAGAACCCCAUCUUUGACGUCAACAUGACAGCAGACACGCUGGAUACGCCACACAUCACUCCAGCUCCAAGCCAGUGUAGUACUCCCCCAACAACUUACCCACAACCAGUACCUCACCCCCAACCCAGUAUUCAAAGGAUGGUCCGACUAUCCAGUUCAGACAGCAUUGGCCCAGAUGUAACUGAUAUCCUUUCAGACAUUGCAGAAGAAGCCUCUAAGCUUCCCAGCACUAGUGAUGAUUGCCCACCCAUUGGUACCCCUGUUCGAGAUUCUUCAAGCUCUGGGCAUUCUCAGAGUGCCCUCUUUGACCCUGAUGUCUUUCAAACCAAUAAUAAUGAAAAUCCAUACACAGAUCCAGCUGACCUAAUUGCAGAUGCUGCUGGAAGCCCUAGUAGUGACUCUCCUACCAAUCAUUUUUUUCCUGAUGGAGUAGAUUUUAAUCCUGAUUUGUUGAACAGCCAGAGCCAAGGUGGUUUUGGAGAAGAAUAUUUUGAUGAAAGCAGCCAAAGUGGAGAUAAUGAUGACUUCAAAGGAUUUGCAUCUCAGGCACUAAAUACUCUGGGGGUGCCAAUGCUUGGAGGUGAUAAUGGGGAGACUAAGUUUAAAGGCAAUAGCCAAGCUGACACAGUUGAUUUCAGUAUUAUAUCAGUGGCUGGGAAGGCUUUGGGUCCUGCAGAUCUUAUGGAGCAUCAUAGUGGUAGCCAGAGUCCUUUACUGACUACUGGGGACUUAGGGAAAGAAAAGACUCAAAAGCGAGUAAAGGAGGGCAAUGGCACCAGUAAUAGUAGUCUGUCAGGGCCAGGAUUAGAUAGCAAACCAGGGAAGCGCAGUCGGACCCCUUCUAAUGAUGGCAAAAGCAAAGAUAAACCUCCAAAGCGGAAGAAGGCGGACACUGAAGGAAAGUCUCCGUCUCACAGUUCUUCUAACCGACCUUUCACCCCACCUACCAGUACGGGUGGAUCCAAAUCUCCAGGCAGUUCAGGAAGAUCGCAGACUCCCCCAGGUGUUGCCACACCACCUAUUCCCAAAAUCACUAUUCAGAUUCCUAAAGGCACCGUGAUGGUGGGCAAGCCCUCCCACAGUCAGUAUACCAGCAGUGGCUCUGUGUCUUCCUCAGGCAGUAAAAGCCACCAUAGCCAUUCUUCUUCCUCCUCUUCCUCCUCUUCGGCUUCCAACUCAGGCAAGAUGAAAAGCAGUAAAUCAGAAGGUUCCUCAAGUUCCAAGUUAAGCAGCAGUGUAUAUUCUAGCCAAGGGUCUUCUGGAUCUAGCCAGUCCAAAAAUUCAUCCCAGUCUGGGGGGAAGCCAGGCUCCUCUCCCAUUACCAAGCAUGGACUGAGCAGUGGCUCCAGCAGCACUAAGAUGAAACCUCAAGGGAAGCCAUCAUCACUUAUGAAUCCUUCUUUAAGUAAACCAAACAUAUCCCCUUCUCAUUCAAGGCCACCUGCAGGCUCUGAUAAGCUUGCCUCUCCAAUGAAGGCUGUUCCUGGGACUCCCCCAUCCUCUAAAGCCAAGUCCCCCAUCAGUUCAGGUUCUGGUGGUUCUCAUAUGUCUGGAACUAGUUCAAGCACUGGCAUGAAGUCAUCUUCAGGGUUAGGAUCUUCAGGCUCAUUGUCUCAGAAAACUCCCCCAUCAUCUAAUUCUUGUACAGCAUCUUCCUCUUCCUUUUCCUCAAGUGGCUCUUCCAUGUCUUCCUCUCAGAACCAGCAUGGGAGUUCCAAAGGGAAAUCUCCCAGCAGAAAUAAGAAGCCAUCCUUAACAGCUGUCAUAGAUAAACUGAAGCAUGGGGUCGUCACCAGUGGCCCUGGAGGUGAGGACCCAAUGGAUGGCCAGAUGGGGGUGAGCACAAAUUCUUCUAGCCAUCCUAUGUCCUCCAAACAUAACAUGUCAGGAGGAGAGUUCCAGGGUAAGCGUGAGAAAAGUGAUAAAGAAAAAUCCAAGGUUUCCACCUCGGGGGGUUCAGUGGAUUCGUCUAAGAAGACCUCAGAGUCAAAAAAUGUGGGGAGCACAGGUGUGGCAAAAAUUAUCAUCAGCAAGCAUGAUGGGGGUUCUCCCAGCAUUAAAGCCAAAGUGACUUUGCAGAAACCUGGGGAAAGUAGUGGAGAAGGGCUCAGGCCUCAGAUGGCCUCUUCCAAAAACUAUGGCUCUCCACUCAUCAGUGGUUCCACUCCAAAACAUGAGCGUGGCUCUCCUAGCCAUAGUAAGUCACCAGCAUAUACCCCCCAGAAUCUGGACAGUGAAAGUGAAUCAGGCUCCUCCAUAGCAGAAAAAUCUUAUCAGAACAGUCCCAGCUCAGAUGAUGGUAUCCGACCUCUUCCAGAAUAUAGCACAGAAAAGCAUAAGAAGCACAAAAAAGAAAAGAAGAAAGUAAAAGACAAAGAUCGAGACCGGGACCGGGACAAAGACCGGGACAAGAAAAAAUCUCAUAGCAUCAAGCCAGAGAGUUGGUCUAAAUCACCCAUCUCUUCAGACCAGUCCUUGUCUUUGACAAGCAACACAAUUUUAUCUACCGACAGGCCCUCAAGGCUCAGCCCUGACUUUAUGAUUGGGGAGGAAGAUGACGAUCUUAUGGAUGUGGCCCUGAUUGGCAAUUAGGAACCUUACUUUUUAAGACAAAAGUGGCCAGAGAAAAACUAGUAAGUUUAUAGGCAAACCACCAUAAGGGGUGAGUCAGACAGGUCUGAUUUUGUGUUCAAGAAUCUUAAAUGGCAUGGCUUUGACACCGAGCUGGGUGAAUUUAGAAAGGCAUAGCCAGACCCUACUAAAGAGACCAUAGGGUUUGAUUCUGGUUACCAAGAAUCACUUUUUCCUUUGCCAGAGAAAAAAAGAGAAAAAAAAAAAAGUUAAAAUACUUGCUUAUGAAAGGGAGGGGGUGGGUGGGGCAUAGGGAGAGGGAAGGGUGGGAAACAGUUUUGUGGGAAAUAUUCAUAUAUAUUUUUUUCUCCCUUUUUCCAUUUUUAGGCCAUGUUUUAACUCAUUUUAGUGCAUGUAUUUGAAGGGCUGGGCAGCAAAUGAAAAAGCAAUACAUUCCUUGAUGCAGUUGCAUGAAGGUUGUUCACUUUGUUUGGAUAGUUGUCCAUUUGAGGCAUGGACAAAUGAAGGACUUUGGUCAUUUUGGACACUUAAGUAAUGUUUGGUGUCUGUUUCUUAGGAGUGAUUGGGGGAGGGAAGAUAAUUUUAGCUAUUUAUUUGUAAUAUUUUAACCCUUUAUCUGUUUGUCUUUACACAGUGUUUCUAAUUCUAUAAGGUUCAGGGUUCAAAGUGAUGGGAGGUGGAAGAGCAAGGCUUAUUUGGUGGUAGGGAGCCUGUAGCUUGUGCUGGUACUGUAGCAUUAAGCCCAAGCAGAUUAGUCAGAGUCCACCUUUGGAGUUAAGUAGAAAAACCAAAAUGGUAUUUUUGUUUUAGGAGGUUUAUCAUAGGGUUCAGACAUCAUAGGAAUAUUAGGAGUUACCUCCCUGUGGAGGUACUGAUUUAUAGUCUCUUUGUCCUUUAAUAAAGGCUGGGCUGGCUUUUUGGGAUGUAAACAUGUUUUCAGAUGCAGUAAGUUUUAAUGUACAGCCUCCCUGACCCAGUGGCAUGAAAACCAUUACAGAAUUAAUAGUUCUCCUAUUUCCACAAUGUGCCAAAAGUCCACAUCCCAGCAUUUUGUUUGUAGGAGAACUGAUGCCAUUCCUGAGAGCUGGGCUCCUUGUUUCUCUGCAUCACAUGGAGAAGGAGUCCAGACUUCAGUCGCUCCACUGUAUGCUCCCUUAGAUAAAACAGUAAAAAAUUUGCAGCCAUAGUUCACUUAAAACAAUUUCAAGCUCACGUGAAGUAAUGGGGGCCUGGAAUGCUAGGUGGGCAUGAAGAUAAACCCUUGCUACUAUGUAGCAACCCAAUUGGACCUUUUUGGAGGAAUAGGUCUGAGUCUGGAUUCUGGGGGACAUCAAUAAGAAGCCCUUCUCAUGAAUAUAGAAAUCCAGGAGACCAUUUGAGUGCAACACAAGUUCUCAGUAUUUGGAGGGUCCUCUCAAAAUUCUGCGGCCUUACUUUGAUUUUGACACCUGCACUGUGCCAUUCCUGAUGAUUCCAUUCAGGAUCUGUAUCAGCAGGACGGGGCACAGUCCCCAGCACAACUCUUCUGGAUUAAAAAAAAAAAAAAAAAAAAAAAA